AGAGUCCAGAUACAAAUAUGAAUGGUGAUUCCUUCUUCAAGCAGCUGAAACAGCUAGCACGGAUGGUGGACCGUGGUUUACAUGACGUCACAGAUGAAGUAGAAAAUAACUACUCCAAGCGGGGUCCUGCUGCAGCAGUGAAAAAAGUUGUUGAUCUUAAGUCAGAUGUAAAAGAAAUGAAGUGUAAAGGGGAAGAACUCUUGUACACAUUGGAGAGUGAAGGAAAAGAGUUUGACAAGAUUUUGAAAAUUUCCACUCAGUAUCUUGAGAUCCACAGGCAGAAAAUUAAGAAAACAGAGGAGUAUUUUGCUAAAUAUGGAUACCAAAAGAAAGUUUUAGAAGUAAAACCCACGGAAGAAGAGAAAGUGGAGACACCAGUUGAAGAGGAAGAGAACCAGUCAAACGAGGACCAGAUAACAGCAGCUGAAAAAAGGAAAACACCAAAGAAAGAGAAGUCCCCUUCAGAAGGACCCCGGACCCCCAAACCGGAGGAUUUUGGACUAAGUAGUCUAACACUGAGUGCUUGUAAACGUCCCGAGAAAACACAGGUGCUAACCUCUCACAGAAAAACACCAAAGAAAGAAAAUGUUCCUGCUGGAGCCCCCCAGGAGGAACCCCUCCCUGGACCCCGCACACCCAAACCAGAGGACUUUGGACUGAGUAGCCUUGUGCUGAGUGCUUGUAAACGUCAAGACAAAGGACAGGUGUUUAGUUAUCCAGAUACUACCUCUCAAAGGAGUAAGUUGGACUCUGUUCCAGACAUCUUUCAACAUGAUGGUAUCCAAGUAACACCAAGUUUUCUUGGAGGGAAGCAUGCCAGCCCAGGAUGGAAACAAGAUUUUGCAGAUAAAAAGUUUCUGGUCCCAAAAGUCAAGGAUGGGGCACUCAGGAUGAGGGGAAAAGAGAAUUUUGACCAGAGUAACAGCCCUGCCCCUCGAUUUGGUACAAUGAAUGUAAGAAUUGGAAAGGAAUUGAGUGAUAUAACGGGAAUACAUAGACUCCCCAACACUCCAGAGCUGACUUUACCAAGGAAUUACUCAGCUUUUCGUCCCCCACCAGACACCCCUGAAUUGGCCUCAACCAAGACACAACUGAACAGUCGUCCUCUACCAGACACCCCUGAACUGGCAUCAACCAAUACACACUUUCGCAGUCGCCCUCUACCAGAUACCCCCGAACUGGCCUCAACCAAUGCAUCUAAUCACACCCCUGAGACACCAGUCUUCCUCAAAAAGUACAAGGCAACAGAGGAUAGUCAUACUAGUGGUGCAUGGAAACCUCCCAUAAUGCCUCAGGAACCGCAAAAUCAGAGUCACACAGAAGCUUUGAAGGAAAUGCCACAGAUGCCAAAACUAAAGGGACUAUACAGCUAUCUCUCCAAUGUUAAUUGAUGAAUACGAUGUUAUUUUGUGUAUUUACGACUGAUUAGGAAGUUAUUGAUAUUUUCUUUUUUGUCAUUAAUUGAUUUGUAGGAUUUUAUUUAAGUAUAUA